GCGGCCAUCAUACGUCUGGCGGCAGUGUACCAGCUCCCAGCCGCGCACCGCGGCCGCUCAUUUUGCUGGGUCAGCAGUUUUUCAACCUCCAUUGCGAGUCCUCCGAUGUCAGCCCAUCCCUCACCUCUCACCGCCGCUGUGGCCGCGGCCGAGGUUUCCUGACGCGCCUACAACGACUGCACGUCACCCAGGGCAUCACAAGCCGUCGCCCUCUCCACUACAUCAGCUGAUUAAUCUUGGCCGCAGAAUUCGUUCACCCCCGGGUUCGUCUGCAUACUUACAACCCACUCAAGGCUCAUGGACACCCUCACCAGCAUCCCCUCGCACCAGCCGCAGUAUUACAGGCUCAAAAUCAUGAUGUUGCGUUUUCUGACCAUCUUGUUGUCCCUUGGCUCCCUGCUUGCAACAACACCCAUCCACCUGAAGCCUGGUGCCCUCACGGCACACAUAGGAGAGGUCUUCCUCAUAGAAGAUGUGCUCCUCGUAAAAUAUCCAUAUACUUCCUUGACCAACACCACGGACACAAUCAGGAUAGUCUCAGAAAAACUACUCGGCAUGGCAGACGCCAUCCGGGCUACCAAGACUAGGGAAUCAAAGGCUCCUUCUAGUACCAACUCUCUGACUCUUUUUCAACUACUGGAGGAUAGGAUUCUGUUCUUACGGGGAAAAGUUGAUGAGGUAAACAUGGAUUAUAGUUUUCUCUCAGUUCACUCUCGGGUAAAGAGGGGAUUGCUCAACAUCGUGGGGUCCGCCUCAAAGUUCCUUUUCGGUACGGCUACCGACGAGGACGUUCGCGAUUUGCGGGACCACUACGCUCAUGUACUUUCCUUUGCUACUCGAAAUCGCAGGGUGAUCAAUGCCAAUUGUAGGAAACUUGCGCGAUUGCAUACUAACAUUGCGGUACUGCUAGAGCAGACAAAUAAGAUGGUAGAGGUUAUCAACAUAGUUGUCAAACAGAUCGACCAGGUGAAUCAGUUUCUCCUCCUAGAUCAGGCCUUGCAUGUAUUGGAAAACGUCAUUAGCUCCGUCGCAACGGCAAAUCAGCAGGUUAUUAGCAACAUGGUUGAUGCAGCGCACGGUAGAGUCACACCUGCCUCGUUCCCUCUACACGAUUUGAGAACGACUGUCCAGAUCGGGUAUCAAAAUUAUAGCCUGACGCCUUUAUUCACCCCGGACAUGAGUCAAUAUUUUUACCCCUUGAUUGAGUCCAGCCUCACCCCUGAUGCCAUAAGCAUUCAUGUUCCGUUUCAGACGGCGGACGUGUUUGAGGCACACGAAAUUGUCCCGUUCCCUUUUUCGGCAAAGGACAGUGUGUUGGCCCUGGACACGUCCCCGUCUCUUGUUCUAAUCGCGAAGGAUUUCGCUCUGUAUUCAACGGGUAGCUACUCACUCUUGCAGUAUUGCAAGGAGACGGUCUUCGGGCGAUUCUAUUGCUCUGCGUCUCUCUUUGCCUUCCUUCCAGUUCCGGGAGGGUAUGCGAGAUCGCCCUCACCCGCGUGAACGCGUCUGACGCUCUUUCCUGUGCCCUUACAAGCAGCUAACACCAACGCCUGUUUUCCAUAAGAACUUUCAGGGUCUGCAUUAUUUUUAUUUCCCUCAGUCCUUCUAUGUAUCGGUCAUCUGCCCGGAGGGUACCACUUAUCAACGGGUUACUGGUCACUAUGCCAUAGCGGAAGCAUGCUAUAUCCGCUCCACUAACAUAACAACGUACCCGUCCCGGAUUCGUCUGGUUUUCACGGCCAAUAUUUCCCAUCGAGUGUUUCCUCUACGGUCUCUCGAUGACAUUCAUUUCUCCAGCAUCUCGUAUGUGACUAAUUCCCUUAAUUCAUUGUCUUUCGCGAACAAAACAGAGUUUGCGGAAA